AUGAGAGGCACACGGAACAGCAUAGUGCCCACCUUCGAGAGAGGAGGGCAGUGUGAACCAGGUUCCGACGGAGGGUAUUCCUGCGAAGGAGAGUCUGAGUUGAGAGACUGCAGGGCCGACGGAGGGAGUAGAUCUCCUCAGAAGGCAGCUGAGACAGCAGUACUGGGUCACAAUGCGGAGGGCACGGAGAAACAGCGAGGUGCAACCCUCUCUCACAUGAUUCAAGCGCAUGCGUCGUAUAAGAACGGCUAUAAAAGUGUAAAAUGUUACCAGAACGUCAACAAAAGACGGGCUGCAUGCGUGAGAGCCGCACAUCGACGAGGAUUGGUAUUGCUGUCAAUACAUCUGCGGGCGUGGAUUAUGGGCGCCGCGUUCCCUCAGUGGGCGUGUGGCGUAGAAGCGAUCGUGGUGUGUCUGCUUCUAUUAACGCAGCCUGUCUUGAGCAAAAGGCCAGCAUGGUGGAGCGAAGCGGAGGUGGGAUCUCUGGCCGCCAACCCACUGAAGUUCAAGUUCGCUCGCGCCCCUCACCUUCGGGUCGCCGCCGAGUCGUGGCCUCCGCACGUGCAGGUGGAGGAGGUCGAGGCCGAGGGAGGUCAGAAGGUCACGAGAGCAGCCGGGCCGAUGGCGAACUUCCUUGACGUUCUCGCGAAGUCCUUGAAUUUUACGUACACUGUGGUACUUGGAGACGGGUACUGGGGCGCCCCCGACGCCAAUGGUACAUGGAAUGGGAUGAUUGGAAUGUUGCUGAGGGAGAAGGCGGACUUCGGCUUGGGACCGUUCGGGAUGACGCACGCCCGGAGCGCGGUGGUGGACUUCACAAUGCCCAUCUUCAGAGAGGUCCUGCACAUCUUGGUAUCCCGACCCCGGCCAGAACCCGACCCCUGGGGCUUCCUCGCCCCCCUGGCGUGGCACGUCUGGGUGGCACUGGCGCUGUCUUGCCUUAUGGUCACUGCUGUGGCUGUGGCUGUGGUGGGGACCCUUGGCUUCGGCGGCCCCUCGAGUGUCCAGCAGCAUCUGUGGGCUUGUUACGGGAUCUUCCUCUCACAGACUCUCACGUGGGUGCCAACUGGCUUGUCGCUCCGGGUUACCAUCUGGCUUUGGCUUACCGCCGUCCUGGUCGUGAUGCGCAGUUACAGCGGUGCUUUGACUUCCCUGUUGGCUGUGAGGACGGUGCCCAUCAAGUACGACUCCCUGGAUGAUGUGCUGAGGGAUUCUAGCAUCAAAUUGCUCCUGGAGGGAUCCACUGCUCUUACCGGCCACCUGCAGACGGCGAAGGAGGGUGUUUACGGACAGCUCGCCGAUGCCGUUCGGACGCGUGGCAGGACGAUCCGAGCGAGCAGGAUGCAGGAGGAAGCCUACGCCCACAUCCCCGACGGCCGCCACGCCAUGUUUCUGGAGGCUGUGGGCUGCAAUAAAGUGUACUCGGACCACUUCAGCAGGACAGGGCAGUGUGACUUCUACAUGUCGCGAGGAGUGUUCUGGCCUCUCUUCUACGCUCUUGUUGUGCCCAAGGAUAGUCCUCUCCGGGAACUCAUCGACGCUAGGAUCUUAGCUCUACGGGAAUUUGGCAUUUACGAGCGCUGGGCACUGGAUCAGGUGGCCAACAGGACUCACUGUCUCAAGCUUCCCACAAAACUCAAACUUCAGGAACCUUACAACCUGAUAGGUCUUUGGGCUGUCUUUGCUCUCUUCGGAAUCGGCAUGGCAAUCGCUGUCGUCGUUUUAGGCCUCGAGCUCAUCGUCAGCUCGCUCGGUUUUCAGGAGAGAGGCUAAGGAGGAGCGACAAUCAUGUUGACAAAUGUAAAGGAGGCUACGGCAGAUUUCACACGGGCGUCGACCAGGCAGUGGGAUAAAUCAGCGAGGACUUGAGAUCACGGUUUCCUUCUCUGUCUCUUUAGGGCUUUCUCUGUACGA